GCCUUUCUACAGCCAGUAUUUUUUUUUUUCAAACCCCUUGGUCUUUCCACGUCUGGCCUUUGCAAAAAUAGUGUACCUACGUAAAUCAGCAUAAAGAAACUCAACAAAGCAUCACCUGAGAAAUUUCAAACAUCAUGACCAAGCGCGUUCUGUUGUCUGGUGGCAGCGGUUUCAUUGCAGCCCACGUGCUUGACAUUUUGUUGUCUCGCGGAUACUCCGUUGUCACCACUGUCAGAUCUCAAGAAAAGGCCGACAAAAUCGCAAAGGCACACCCGACGUAUGGCAAGGACAAGCUUGAUUUCGCCAUUGUAGAGGAUAUCGCUCAAGAAGGAGCGUUCGACGAAGCUGUCAAAUCCGAUCCCCCAUUCGAGGCUGUGAUACACACAGCAUCGCCCUUCCAUUUCAAUGUCACAGACGUGAAGAAGCAGCUGCUAGAUCCCGCCAUCAUAGGUACCACUGGCAUUCUGAGAUCCAUUAAAAAAUCCGCACCAACAGUCAAGCGCGUGGUGAUUACCUCGUCCUUUGCUGCUAUCUUGGAUGCGUACGACAUUCCCAAGGUCGGCCACACCUACAGCGAAGCAGAUUGGGACCCGAUCACCGAAAAAGAUGCCCUUCAAGACCCACGGUGGGGCUAUAGAGCGAGCAAGACAUUUGCUGAGCGUGCUGCCUGGGACUUCGUAGAGAAGGAGAAGCCUAACUUCGAUCUUGCAACCAUAAAUCCACCGCUGGUCAUCGGGCCGAUUGUGCACUAUCUCAACUCAUUGAGCUCACUAAACACCUCAAAUGAGACGGUUCGAGACAUGAUCCAAGGAAAGUUCAAGGACGGCUUGCCACCGACAGCUAAUCCCAUGUGGAUUGAUGUGCGAGACACUGCCGAGGCACAUGUAAAUGCAUUAGAAAAGCCAAAUUUUGGGGGCAAGCGUUGUUACUUCACGGCUGGAUACACUUCACACCGAGAGAUUGCGGAUAUUAUUAUUAAGAACUUUCCUGAAUACGCGGGUGUCAUACCAAAGACGGGAGGCGAGAUGGUCGAAUUUGCCGGAUACAACAACACGAGAGCAAAGGAGCUGCUAGGCCAUGAAUUUAUCAGCAUCGAGAAGUCCAUUGUGGACUUGGUCAAGUCACUGAAAGAGGUGGGAGCUUGACAGUUUUUGGACGAAUCAGCGAAAAUCACGAUUGAGAGGGCUGGACUCAAAAUGCCAGCAUGAGCUAGAUCUUGCUUAUCUGUGUCCAGCAUUAGAGACCGUUUAUCAGAAGUAGAUAUAAAAGACCUUUAGAAGGGAACAAUAUCAGAUUCUUGAUUGUGUUUAGA